GCCUCGCAAGGUGUGCUGGUCGCCCUGCUGGAGACACAUGUGUCAGGAGACUAUGCAGCAGCUUGGGCAGAUGCCCUGCUGUCUGCCUUGCCGGGGAGACCACAGGUUCUCUAUUUGGAUAGAAUUCUGCGGGCGGAAUGGUGCAGCUGUGAUCACCGCAGACCGGAGGAGCCAUACUUGGCUGGCUUGUGGACAAGUGCCUUUAGUGGAAGUGAUGCUGUUCCGGCCCUGCCUCCACCCAACUUCGUGGAGGGUCUGGCAGCUGCGCUGCUGAGCCUCUGCGAAGCCCGAACCUGGCCUUGCUUGGUGGCUCUUGCCCUGCAGGAUGGCGCUCACAUGUCGGAGGGUUGCCUCCACGCCUAUGAGGCUUUGGCGCCCCUGCUGGUGGAACUCCAGGUCGACCUUGAUCCCGCUGCUGCCAUAGAUGGGCAUCGGUACAACACCUCCGGAAAGCGACAGCGCGACUUAACUGAGGAGCAGAAGCAGGAGCUGAAAGAGGUGUUUGACUUGUACGACACAGAUGGUUCAGCGGCCAUCGACAACAGUGAACUGAAGGGGCUGAUGUCAGUCCUGGGUUUCUCCUCCACUUCGCGGGAGGAGCUGGUGGCGAUGAUGAUGUCCGUAGACAAGGACGGGUCUGGCGAAAUUGAGCUGGACGAGUUCUUACAGAUGAUGGCGCCGAAAGUAUUGGCACGGGAGCCUACCUCCGUCAUUAGGAAGGCCUUCCCUCUCUUCGUGACUGCUGGGAGUGAGACCAUCACCUGGCAGAGCCUUCGGGCACUGGUGGACGACCUCGGGCUUCCAUUCACCGACCAUGAGAUACAAGAGAUGCUGGAUGAUGCUGAUGACAAUGGCGACGGUUUUCUAGACGAAGAUGAAUUCGUGCACGCAGUUCGGAGAGCCAAGUUUUUCUAA